AUGCAUUGGCCGACCGCAGUAGCCACCGCGCUGCUCGCCUCAGCAGCAGCCGCGCAGCAAAUGAUCCGCUUCGGCUGCUCGCAACUAAUAAUCGAGCGUCUCGACCCGCUAGUCAACCCGGGCGUCGUCUUCUCGCCGCACGUCCACCAGAUCGUCGGCGGCAACUCCUUCAACGCGUCCAUGGACGCCUCCUCGGGGCAGCACGACCCCGUGCGCGACUCGACCUGCACCAGCUGCACUUUUGCGGAAGACUUCUCCAACUACUGGACCGCGGUGCUGUACUUCCGCGCCCGCAACGGCACCUUCCAUCGCGUGCCGCAGUUCCCGAACGUCGGGCUUCGGGGCGUUGGGGGGGUUACUGUGUACUAUAUCCCGCCGUACGAUGGGGUGACGAAUGUGACGGCGUUCCAGCCGGGGUUCCGCAUGUUGGUCGGCGAUGCGGCGCUGAGGGAGGCCGAGGGACAGCAGCGGCAGUUGUGUCAUCGGUGCUACACGGCUGCGGACUACGAGGGCGGGUCUAAUGCGGGCGCGCCGUGCACGAGGUCGGACUCGCAGAGUUUGCCGGCGCAGCCCUGCGAGGGCGGUAUUAGGACUACUAUCACGUUUCCCACCUGUUGGGACGGGACGAACUCGGACAGUCCUGACCAUAAGAGCCAUGUCGACUACCCGAGCGGCAAUGGGACUUUCGAGUCGGGCGGCGCGUGUCCGGGAGCCAUCCUUGAUUCGGCGAUGUGGCCGGAAGACGGCUCGCAGCCGUUUGUUUGGAGUACGGGCGAUAGAAAUGGUUACUCUCAGCACGGCGACUACAUCUUUGGCUGGAAGGGCGACGCGCUUCAGCGCGCUCUCGACGCUCGCUGUAACAAUGCCGUCUGCAGGGAGCUCAAGACCCAGACCUCGGAGGAGGCCAUGAAGUGCACCAUGGCGCAGACGGCGGUAGAGGAUGUCGAUGGGUGGUUGGACAGUAUUCCUGGGAAUGUGAUGGUCGAUUGA